AUGGUUGAAGCAGUUCCAUUUGGCACUGCAGCUGACAUACUCAUCAAGCUCGGGUCUUCCACUUUCCGGGAGCUCGGGCUCGUCUACGGCGUCAACAAGGAAAUGAAGAAGCUUGAGAACACUCUCUCCACCAUCAAAGCUGUUCUCUUAGACGCAGAGGAGAAGCAAGAGAAGAGCCAUCUGGUGCAGGACUGGAUCAGGAAGCUCAGCGAGGUUGUGUACGAGGCCGAUGAUUUGUUGGAUGCAUUCGAAACCAAAGCUAGGCAGCAUGAGAAUCAUCAGGUGCGUGAGUUCUUUUCAAAGACACUUGCUUUUAGAUACAAGAUGGGUCGAAAACUGAGAGAAACUAGAGAGAGAUUGGAUGAGAUUGCAGGGGAUAUUUCAAAGUUCAACUUCAGGGAUAGGUCGUUGACAAUCUCAGAUAUUGGGAUUGAGAUGAAUAAUAUGAGAGAAGAGACGCAUUCUUUUAUGGUGGAGUCAGCUGUAAUUGGAAGAAAGAGAGAGAAGGAGGAGAUGGUGGAGUUUUUGAUAUUCCCACCAAGUGAAGGAGAAAAUGUCUCUAUUACUGCCGUUGUUGGUAUUGGGGGGCUUGGGAAGACCACCCUUGCUAAAAUGUUGUAUAAUGAUGAUAGGGUAGUGAAGUAUUUUGAGAUUAAGAUGUGGGUGUGGGCGUAUGGAAGUUUUGAUUUAUAUUCAGUUACGGAGAAAAUCUUGAGAUCUAGUGCUACGAAUGAACUAGAAGAUUCGGAGUUUUAUUACCAGCAUAUUUUGCUGCAGAAGAAAAUGUUGAUGGAGGAGUUGCAGAUUCUGCUUCGGAAGAAUUUGGAUGGGAAGCGCUACCUCCUUGUUCUGGAUGAUGUGUGGAAUGUGAAGCGCGAAAGUUGGCUUCAGCUGAAUGAUUUGUUGAAAGGUGGUGCCAAGGGGAGUAAGAUUGUUGUGACAACUCGUAGCACAAAAGUUACCGCGCUUAUGGAUGUUGAUUUCCCUUUUGUGUUGCAAGAUCUAUCGGAGGAAGAGAGUUGGACAUUGUUUAAGCAACUGGCUUUUAAAGAUGGAAGGGAGGAGGAGCAUCCAGAGUUGGUGCCAAUAGGAAGAAGAAUUGUGAAGAAAUGCAGAGGUGUUCCUCUUGCAAUAAGGACUCUAGGAAGCAUGAUGAGAUACAAAGCUAAUGAAAGAGAGUGGAUUUCGAUUCAGAAUACAGAGAUCUGGGAGUUACCAAAAGAGGAGAAUGAUGUUUUGAAGAUACUGAAGUUAAGCUAUGAUCACAUGCCAAUUUAUUUGAAACAAUGCUUCUCCUACUGCGCAUUGUUCCCCAAGGGAUAUGAAAUUGAGAAAAAAAUGUUGGUCGAACUUUGGAUAGCUCAGGGUUACAUUCACCUUCCUGGUAAAGAGAGGAACUUGGAAGAAAUUGGUGACCUGUAUUUCAAGGAAUUGAUAGAGAGAUCAUUAUUUCAAGAGGUCAAGGAAGAUGCCAAUGGAAAUUUAAUUAGUUGUCAUAUGCAUGAUCUUAUACACGAUCUUUCACGGGCAGUUGCAGGAUCUGAAUGCUCAAUUUGCAGUGUUGAUGUUGGAGAUAUAUCUGAAAGAGUUCAUCAUGUUUCAUUUAGUUGUUAUCUGCCUUCUUCAUGGGAAGUUCCGAUAGCGUUGCUCAAAGCUAAGAAGACUAGGACAUUUAUACUACCACUUCAGGAUCAAGCAUAUAGAACUUCCAGUCACAAUACAAUCAUUUCAAACUUGAGGUGCUUACGUGUGUUAGAUCUACAUAACCUAAGAAUCGAUGAGCUUUCAAAUUCCGUAGGCAAGUUGAUCCAUCUUAGGUACCUUGACCUCUCUGGUAAUGUUAGUAUGACAGCACUCCCUGCUUCUAUCAGCAAUCUGCAGAACCUACAGACCCUUAAACUCAACAGGUGCUACAGACUUGAACACCUACCUAGAGAUAUCGGAAAGAUGAUCAGCCUUAGACAUCUUGAGAUCACUGGGUGCCGCAAAUUGAAUCACAUGCCACCUGGGCUGGGAAAGUUGGUAUCUCUUCAGACAUUACCGUUAUUCAUCUUGGGCAGGAAAGCUCUCUUUUCCGGUGUGAGUGGUGGAAUAGAUGAGUUGAGUGGCUUGAACUGUCUUAAAGGGGUGCUUCAUGUUGCCCAUCUUGAACAUGUUGACAAUGUCACAAUAGAUUCAAGGAGUUCAAAUUUGAGCAGCAAGCAAUAUCUUGAAUCCUUAAAACUAAUUUGGUCCAGAGAUGACGACAGUGAAAGUAAUGAAGAUCACAUGGUGUUGGAAGGCCUUCAGCCCCAUCAAAAUUUGAAAGUACUGCAUAUAGCUGGGUAUUGCGACGUUCAAUUCCCCAACUGGCUGAUGAACAACGCUGCAUCGUCUCUUCCAAGUCUAGUUGAGCUCACAAUUGAGGGCUGUCUCAGAUGCCAGCAUCUUCCACCACUGGAUCAACUGCCUUCUCUUAAGUUUCUCAAACUAUAUUCUCUAGGUUGCCUCGAGCACAUUAACAGCAGUUACUCGUCUCCCUCUUGUGGUUUGGUUGGGGGAGGAAGAGAGCCUUUGUUUUUUCCAUCAUUGAAAGAGCUCACACUUUAUGACUUGCCACUCUUGAAGGAGUGGCAAACCUGCAGUGAUCAAGAUGGGACAACAACAAUGCCAAAGCAGCAGCAGCUUUCAUUUCCUUCCCUCACCAAAUUGACUAUCGUGGACGCCCCUAACUUAAUGUCCAUGCCGAUGCUUCCAUUAGUUGAAGAAUUGCUUAUGGACACCGUCUCUGAGAAGUUGUUGCAGUCCAUGUUGAUGACAGCAGCCUCAGAAAGCCAAACAAGCUCUUCCUCCCUUGCUAGAUUGAAAUUUCUGAUCAUCAAAUCAUGCAAUGAUCUGGUCUCUUUCCCUGAAGAUAGGAUAAAUAACCUCACUUCUCUUAAGCUUCUAAAGAUUAUAGAUUGUGGAAACUUGACAUCUCUACCACAUAAUCUGCACUGUGAAUACGUACUUAGUAAUUAG